AUGACCAGGGGAGAACCGGCUUCAGGCUCGUCGCUCAGACGCCGCACCGCGGCGAAGAGUCGCUACCCGUGGUCGACGCGGCAGUGCCUCGUGUGCGUGCUGGCCGUCGCCGCUCUCAACGUGCUGCUCUUCCAUCUUCACGGAGACAGUAUCGAGGAUGCUUCUAGGGGCUUCCGUGCGCUUAUUCUGGAGAGCAGUGGGCGGAGAGGGGCGAAAGCGGGGUGGGGGGAAGACGCAGACUGGGAGGGGAAGGCAUCCUGGGAUGCAGCGGAGGGGGGAGUGGGGGAAGGGGUUAGCGGAGAGGCAGAGCCAACAACGGACAUCAACAUGAAGGAGGUUUACGAUGGCAUCAAGUUUGCCAACGAGAAGGGUGGGAAGUGGACCCAGGGGUGGAAGCUGCAGUACAAGGGGGACGAGUGGGACGAAGAGCCGCUGAGGGUGUUUGUGGUGCCACACUCCCACAACGACCCCGGCUGGCUGCUGACGGUCGAGCAGUACUACACCAGGAGCUCCCAGCACAUCCUGCACACCAUCCUGCAGUCUCUCUCCCAGUCCCCCUCGCGUCGCUUCAUCUGGGAGGAGAUGUCGUAUCUGAGCCGCUGGUGGGUGGAUGCCACAGAGGAGGAGCGGCAGGGGAUGAGGGCGCUGGUGCAGUCAGGACAGCUGGAGAUAGUGGGGGGAGGAUGGGUGAUGAACGAUGAGCUCACGGAGGGCAACACAUGGCUGUAUGACACCCUUGGAGUGACUCCCACUACCAGCUGGGCGAUUGACCCUUUUGGCCAUUCCGCCACCAUGCCGUACCUUUUAAAGAGGUCGGGGUUUGCCAAUAUGCUGAUACAGCGCACGCACUACGAGGUGAAGAAAGCCCUGGCGAGGCAGAAGCACCUCGAGUUCUUCUGGCGCCAGGCAUGGGACCAGACAGGGGGUGUGAUGAACGAUGAGCAGUCAGGACAGUCAGGAGGCACAAUGGGUGAUGACCAAUCAGCGGCAGCAGCAACAGGGGCGGCAGAGGAGGCGACGGCGGCGGCGGCAGCAGCAAGGGGGGGGGAGGAGGAGGAGGGCAGCACGGAUAUUCUAUGCCACAUGAUGCCAUUCUACUCGUAUGACAUACCACACUCCUGUGGGCCCAACCCGGGUGUGUGCUGCCAGUUUGACUUUCUGCGCCGCACAGGCACGCAGCACUGGUGCCCGUGGGGGCAGGACGCCAUCCCCAUCACCAGGACGAACAUCGCUCAGCGCGCACAGCUGCUGGUGGACCAGUGGCGCAAGAAAUCCUUGCUCUUCCGCACAAAUGUCCUCCUGGUGCCUCUGGGAGACGACUUUCGCUACUCCUCCAUGCAUGAGGCCCACGCCCAGUUCCACAGCUACGAGCUGCUCUUCGCAUUCAUCAACUCAAGAAAGUCGCUCCGAGUCAACGCCAGCUUCGGCACUCUUGACGAGUAUUUCACCGCCUUGCGCGCCGCCUCCGCCCGCCAGAGGGCUUCCCACCAGAGGGUCUCCCAGCACAGAGCAAACCGGCUCCGGGCCCAGCUGAACACAGAGUUGGAUCUGAACCAAGACUUCAACCUGAACAGCAGUGAGGCGACUCUACAGCCGUCGCUCAACCCAGACUCAUUAGAUCAGAACUCACUAUUAGGCAGCCACGAAAACCAGCACCAGGAGGAGAUCCAGCGCCGCCGGCUCUUAGCUAACAGAGACCCGUACCUAAAACUAGCCACUUCCACCAGCGCUUACCUAAAAGUGGGAACUUCAGCACCCGGUCCUGCCAGGACCACUGGCACCUCCCAGCUGCGCCCUCUUCUCCCCUCUCUCUCCGGGGAUUUCUUCACAUAUGCGGAUCGCGACCACGACUACUGGAGCGGCUAUUUCUCCUCGCGUCCCUUCUGGAAGGCCGUGGACCGGGCAUUGGAGGCGAACAUGAGGGCCGCUGACAUGCUGUUCGCGCUCUGCUGGGCGGAUAGAGGCGGUUCACGCGGUUUGGCUUCCACGACUGGGAGUGGCAAGCCCAAGGACAAGGCCCUGCCCUUCCCCUUCAACUUUGCAGAGCGGUUGGUGCUAGCACGGCGCAACCUGGCGCUGUUUCAACACCACGACGGCAUCACAGGGACAGCGAAGCACCACGUGGUGAAGGACUAUAGCCAGCGGAUGCACCAGGCGCUCACAGACCUCAGCGACUUCAUGUGUGCUGCUGUCGCUGCCCUUCUGCUCAGAUCACCCAACCCUUCUGUGCCAACCGUCACCGCUCUGAACUCCUCCGUAUCCCAGCAGCCCUCUCCUCUUGAAGCAGAGCGGUGGCGGUCGGUGCACGACGGUCCUUGGGAGCGGAGAGUGGUGGGGAGCGGUGUAGAGAGGGAAGAAGGGGUGGGAGCAAGGAGAGUGGUGGUGUUCAAUCCCUUGGAAGAGGAAAGGAGGGAGAUUAUUUCCGUCCUCGUCAAAUCUCCAGCCGUUGCCGUCAUCGGGCAGCACGGAAAAUGUCUCCCCGGGCAGCUGCUACCCGAGUGGUCCAAAGGCAACAUGAGCCUAACCCCGUCCUCCGGGCGGCACCGUCUUUUCUGGGAAGCUUCCGUGCCGCCCCUAGGCCUUUCCACCUAUUUCAUUGCACCCCACGCAGCUGUGCCUACCUGCGCUGCACCUGUGCUGUCAUCUAUUGUGGUGUUUAAUCCUCCACGGGGGUUUGUGUGUCCGGAGCCAUACGUGUGUGAAAUGGUGGGGGGAGGGGAGGAGGGGCGCCGUGGAGGAGAGGGGGACGAUGAUGCUGCUGGUGGUGCUGCUGCUGGUGAUGGUGAUUCUGCUGCUGGUGCUGGCAAUGGUGACAUGUUCUCCAUUUCGAACGGCCACUACCGAGUGGAGUUUGGGCGCAUGGAUGGGCUAAUCAAAGGCAUACAGCUGCCCCACAUGCGAGCCCCUGUGCCUGUCAGCGAGCAGUUUGCACUCUAUGCCAGCUCAGGGGGAGCCUAUCUCUUCCUGCCACAUGGCGCUGCCGUUCCUAUAGUGAAGGAGCAGCAGGGCGGAAGGCAGGGAGGAACGGAAAGGGAAAAGCACGGGGAGAGAAGUGGGAGUGGGUAUGGGCGGGGAGAUGGGAAGGAGGAGAGUGGGCGGAGGAGAUAUGGGAGGGUUAGGGGGGAGAUGAGGGGGAAGGGUGAUGGAAGGAUUGAAGGAGAGAGGGGAGGGAGUGGUGUGUAUUGGAUGGUUAAGGAGGAAGAGAGGGGUUCGACCUCCUUGGUAUGUAGAGGGCCAUUAGUGGAGGAGGUGCAUACACGGUUCAGAUUCACCCAUCCGAAUGAUUGGACGGCUGAGGUGCAAUCUGAGGAUCUUGACCCUUGGGCGGAAGGGGAAGGGCAGGGGGAGGGUGAGGGGGAGGGGAAGGGGGAGGGGAAUGGGGAGGGGGAAGGGGAUAGGAAAGGGGGUUGGGCUGCAGAUGUGGCGAAAGGAGCUUUUUCUGCUACAGCACGUAAACUGCUGGUUAAUGAUAGUGAAGCAGACAAUAUCGAGGAUGGAGCAGAAGUUUCUGGGAGUGAGAAUGAGGGGGCUAGCCAGGGGACGAGUGAGGGAGAGAGUGAAAGAACAAACUUGGGAGAGGGAGAGGAAGAGAGUCAGGGAGUGAGGGAAGGAGCAAGUGAGGGAGUGGGUGAGAGCGCGAGUGAGGGGGCGAGUGAGGGAGCGAGUGAGGGAGCGAGUGAGGGAGCGAGUGAGGGAGCGAGUGAGAAAGUGAGUGAGGGAGUGAGUGAGGAGGAGCUAGACGUAUUGCAUCCGCGGCAUUUUGAGGGAAGGGAAACAGCGGGAGGGUUGGUGUUUCUGACUGGGGAGCAGCAGCGUGUGUUUGGUAAGCUGCUUGAGCACUCUCAGCGGGAGGAGCAGGAGGAGGAGGAAAUUCAGAGGGCGAGCAACAGAGAGAAUGAAGGAGCGAUUGAGGGAGCGAGUGAGGGAGGGAGCGAGGGAGUGAGUGAGAGAACGAGUGAGGGAGCGAGUGAGGGAGUGCAUCAGGGAGCGAGUGGGGGAGUGAGUGAGGGAACGAGUGAGGAAGCGAGCGAGGGAACGAGGGAGAGAGCGAGGAUUGAGGGAGCGAGUGAGGGAGUGAGUGAGGAGGAGCUAGACGUAUUGCAUCCGCGGCAUUUCGAGGGGAAGGAAGCGGCGGGAGGGUUGGUGUUUCUGACUGGGGAGCAGCAGCGAGUGUUUGGUAAGUUGCUUGAGCACUCUCAGCGGGAGGAGCAGGAGGAGGAGGAAAUUCAGAGGGCGAGCGAGGGAGAGAGUGAGGGAGGGAGUCAGGGAGCGGGUGAGAGAGUGAGCGCGGGAGGGAGAGAGGGAGGGAGUGAGGGGGCGAGUGAGGGAGCGAGUGAGGGAGCGAGUGAGAAAGUGAGUGAGGGAGUGAGUGAGGAGGAGCUAGACGUAUUGCAUCCGCGGCAUUUUGAGGGAAGGGAAACAGCGGAAGGGUUGGUGUUUCUGACUGGGGAGCAGCAGCGAGUGUUUGGAAAGCUUCUGGAGCAGUCACAGCGGGAGGGUCAGGGGGGGGAGGAGAUUGCGACUCGGCACACACAGCAGCGAGAAGAGACAGAAGGCGAGCGGUUAUCCGCGAUACAGAGUGGUAAGGAAGCAAAACUCCUGGAAGAUCGUGCCUCACCAGAUCUUGCCUCUCUUGCAUCACCGAACCCUGCAUCCCCGAACCUUGCAUCCCCGAACCUUGCAUCCCCGAACCUUGGAUCGGAACGUGCAGCAGCGGAACUGCGGCGAGAGGAGCGGAGGAAGCAGCGGUUGAGAUGGAUGCAGAGGAUUCGGAGGACGCAAGGAGGGGGGCGGCCGCCGUGGCUGGAUGAGGAUUUUAACUACACACUGCUCUCGCCUGCUGAUGCUGCUUCUCAAGAGGGGCUGGAUGCGCUGGUGCAUUCGGAGCAGGCUCUUCUGGUGGAGGUGCAGCACCGGGUCGACCUCACCAGCCGCAUGUGGCUCGGCAACAAGGAGCUCGUGGUUCGGUACCGAACCGGAAUCAGGUCUGGCACCGUCUUUCACACGGACCUGAACGGCUUCCAGAUGGUCAGAAGGGAGACCCUCGCCCACACUCCUCUGCAGGGCAACUUCUACCCCAUGCCUGCCCUCUCCUUCCUGCAAGACCCCUCUGGCCUGCGCUUCUCUGCUCAUACUCGCCAAGCCAUGGGAUGUGCCAGCCUCAAGAGUGGUUGGCUAGAGAUGGUGUUGGACAGAAGGCUGAACCAGGACGAUGGGAGGGGCCUCACCCAGGGAGUGUCUGACAACCGCCCACUGCUCUCUACCCUCCACCUCUCCCUCGAAUCCAACACCUCCGCUCGCCCUCCCCCCUCCCCCUCCUCCUCCGCUCCUCUCAAGCCCUCCCUCCUCUCCCACCGCGUCUCCUCCCGGCUAAACUACCCGCCCGUUAUUUUCGUCGGGCAGCCCGAAAAUUCCGCGGCUCUGCGUGAACUGAUGGCCCAGGGCGGCUCGGGCAGGGAAAAGGCGGGUGGUGGUCAGGGAAGGGAGGAGCAAGAUGGAGGGGGGGGUGCUGGAAGGUGGGAGCAGCAAGGGGGGCGGAAGGCAGGCUCGGAAAAGGGCUCGGGGAAAACCAGAGGAGGAGGUUUGGGAAUAGUUCUCUGCGCACCUUCCAAAUGCCUCCUCACUGCCAUGCAGGCCUCUGAUGAGCCUCCGAUUGCACUGUUGUUGCAUCGGCAAGGCUUUGACCACAGCUUCGCUCCUCCUCCCCAGCUGCGCCGUUCGUGCCGUCCCCCUCAAGCUUCUGGCGUGGUUUCCCUGCAGCAGCUGUUCUCAGACAGGCUGGUGGAGGGGGUGGAGGAGUUUCCUUUGAAUUUAGUUCGAAAGAAUGGGAGUAGUCUAGUAAGGAAUGAAAGUGGUGAUGGUUCGGGGAAGGGUGGAAAUGGCUCGGACGUUCGAGAAAGGAGGAGCAAGAUCGAGCACAUCGAGCCCAUGGAAAUAAAGGCGUUCAAGUUUUGGCUGGGGAGAAGGCACAGGAAUGGAUAA